AUGGCGCCGAGAAAAAGCUCAUUCUUUCGCGUAUCCCCCCCCCUUCCUUUUCCUCACUCCCCGCUCUUAGCGGCGGCCCUGCUGAACAUAAAGGCGGCCAUGCGACUCACCUAUACCACGUGGACCGCCACAAAAUGUGUCCUUCCUUCCUUGUUCCCCUCUUCCACCUCCGCUCCCCCUUGUCUGCCGUUCCCCAUCCGCCCACCAGCGACGGCCCUGCUGAACAUCAAGGCGGCCAUGGGACUCACCUACACCACGUGGGUCGCCACCAAACCGUGCACUCUUAAUGGCGCCACUGCAGCCGCCGGCGAGUGGGAGCGCGUGACGUGCUCCGCUGACGGCCUCGCCUACUCCAUAAACCUGGACUCAGCGAAACUCGUGCGCAAGAGCUUCCCUUCAGACAUCUCCAAGCUCACGGGCCUUGGCGUAGUGUGGAUGCCAUGGAACUUCCUGGAUGGCAGCCUCUCAGACUAUCUCAAAUUCUUCUCCACGCUCACCAACUUGAAUCAACUGGCCAUGCAGUACAUGUUCUUCUCGGGGUCAUUCCCCAGCGUGCUCACCACUCUGCCCAGCCUCACCAGUCUGUCGCUGCGCUUCAACUACCUCACGGGCUCGCUCCCAUCAACCAUCACAAAGAUCAAGUCGCUGGACAUCAAUCAGAACUACUUUGUUGGCUCUAUUCCCUCAGGCACCUGGUCCUACUGCGAUGCCACCAAUAACUGCCUCACCGGUGCUGGAAACUGCCAGAAUUACUACCAGAGGUCCUCGUGUGCUAUUUGCGGCAGCACUGCCGGGACCGGCACGUUGUGCGCAGCGGGGCAAUCUUGUAUGCCGAGCGCUGACGCCAAGAUAGCAGCCGGCCAGAACAACUAUGGAGGCGAAGUGGCCCUGUCAUGCGUUUACACGCCCAUCACCAUGAACCCCGCUGACGGUCAGUGCCGCCUCCCUGCCUACUCAUUCGUUCGCAAUCGUGCUCACUCGCUUUCUGCCCUCCACUGUCCUCUGCGCACGCAUCACUUCCCUGUGUGCCUGACCACGUUCUGGUUCACCCCCCCUUGCCACCCCCCUGCAGCUGCCGCCAUGCUGAACGUCAAGGCCUCGCUGGGUGUGACCUACACCACUUGGGCCGCCACCACACCGUGCCGCUUUGAUCAAUCCACUGUGGCCCUUGCGAACGAGUGGACUGGCGUCCGUUGCACCGACACCGGCAAGGUGUCUGACAUCGUUGUGAAUUACGCUAACCUCAAGGGCUCUCUUCCUUCGGACAUCUCCACGCUCACAUCUCUCACCCGCAUCGGCGCUCCCGGCAACUACCUCAUAGGAACCGUGCCCCCGCUCGGCCCGCUGCUGCUCAGAAUAGAUGUGAAUUACAACUUCAUCACCGACCUCCCAACGGCGGCCUACACAUGGUGCGGCGGCAACCUCAACUGCCUCGUCACGCCCUCCAAGUGCACCACCUCUGGCACGGUCCAGCGGGCUGCGGCAGACUGUGCCUUCUGCGGCACCCCCAACGGCGCGGGGCCCUUCUGCUGGGGCGCGGGAGGGGUGUGCACGCCGGACGCGACUGCACCCGUGGCUGCCGGCACUGCAAACCCGAAUUCGCAGCCCGCGCUCCCCAGGACGUGCGUGGGCGGGCCGGUCGCGGCCUUGAAAGACUCUACAGCCAUGCUGGCCCUCAAGGCGUCGCUGGGUGUCACUCUCACCACGUGGGCGGCCACUGUGCCGUGCAAGGUCGCGGGGCAGACCACCACGGUGACAGUGUGGAGUGGCGUGCUCUGUGACAGCACUGGGAGGGUCGUGAGCAUGCGUUGCCUGCCGUACCUGCAUACCAUAUUCAUCUGCUCACCCGCCCUUGCACGUAUCCUCCUCCGCUCUGUCCUGCCACCAACCGUUGUGCACCUCAGGGCUGUGGAUAACUCAAAGCUCAAGGGAUCACUUGCUUCGGACAUCUCCACGCUCACAGCACUCACUUACCUCAACCUGCAGGGCAAUCUCCUCAGCUACCGCAUCGACUCCUUCACCACCAACCUCCGAGCCUUGCCAGUGUUGGCCGACAUCGGUGCGGUCUACAACUACUUCAUUGGCACUGUGCCCGCACUCGCCUCUGGGCUGCUCAGUCUGGACGUGCGAGGAAACUUCCUCACAGACGUGCCCACAGCAAGCUACUCCUGGUGCGGGGGCGCGGGCAACUGCCUGCUGACGCCCUCCAAGUGCACCAGUGGAGGCUCCGCCCAGAGGCCAGCAGCGGAUUGUGCCUUCUGCGGCACCACCAACGCCGUGGGCCCCUUCUGUGUGGCGGCGGGGGGGGUGUGCACAGUGGACUCGGGUUCAGCUGUCAAUACAGGCACUGUGAACUCGCCAACGCAGCCCGUGCUGCCCGUGACGUGUGUGGGCGGCACUCUCUACAUGAAUGCGGGGGAUGGUGGCCCCACCGCUGUUCUUGGUGGUUCUACUUCUCUCCUCCACUGCCCUCCCCUUGCCCUUCCCCAUUCUCCACCGCCACCAGUGGCAGCCCUCCUGAACAUCAAGUCAGCCAUGUGGGCUUACCAACGCCACUGGCGCCAAGGGAAAGCUCAUUCUCUCUCAUAUCUCCCUCCCGUUCCUGUUCCUCAUUCCCCGCUCUCAGCGGCGGCCCUGCUGAACAUCAAGUCGGCCAUGGGCCUCACCUACACCUCGUGGGCCGCCACCAACCCGUGCACUCUUGACGGCGCCACAGCCAAAGCGGGCGAGUGGGAGCGCGUGGCCUGCACCCCUUUUGGCCGCGCUUACGUGAUGUGGAUGCCAUGGAACUUCCUGGAUGGCAGCCUCUCAGACUAUCUCAAGUUCUUCUCCACGCUCACCAACUUGAAUCAACUUCCCCUGCAUGUCGUCCCCUGCAUGUCGUCCCCUGCAUGUCGUCCCCUGCAUGUCGUCCCCUGCAUGUCGUCCCCUGCAUGUCGUCCCCUGCAUGUCGUCCCCUGCAUGUCGUCCCCUGCAUGUCGUCCCCUGCAUGUCGUCCCCUGCAUGUCGUCCCCUGCAUGUCGUCCCCUGCAUGUCGUCCCCUGCAUGUCGUCCCCUGCAUGUCGUCCCCUGCAUGUCGUCCCUUGCAUGUCGUCCCCUGCAUGUCGUCCCCUGCAUGUCGUCCCCUGCAUGUCGUCCCCUGCAUGUCUCCCCUGCAUGUCGUCCCCUGCAUGUCGUCCCCUGCAUGUAGUCCCCUGCAUGUCGUCCCCUGCAUGUCUCCCCUGCAUGUCGUCCCCUGCAUGUCGUCCCCUGCAUGUAGUCCCCUGCAUGUCGUCCCCUGCAUGUAGUCCCCUGCAUGUCGUCCCCUGCAUGUCGUCCCCUGCAUGUAGUCCCCUGCAUGUCUCCCCUGCAUGUCUUCCUAUGCAUGUCGUCUCAUGCAUGUCUGCCCCAUGGAUGUCGGCCAUGCAGUACAUGUUCUUCUCGGGGUCAUUCCCCAGCGUGCUCACCACUCUGCCCAGCCUCACCAGUCUGUCUGUCCGCUUCAACUACCUGACAGGCUCGCUGCCAUCGACCAUCACAAAGAUCAAGUCGCUGGACCUCUACCAGAACUACUUUGUCGGCUCUAUUCCCUCCGGCACCUGGUCGUACUGCAACGCCGCAAAUAACUGCCUUGCCAGCGUGGGCAACUGCCAGAGCGCCUUCCAAAGGUCCUCGUGUGCUAUUUGCGGCAGCACUGACGGCACCGGCACUCUGUGCACAGCGGGGCAAGCGUGCGUGCCGGGCGCAGACGCGAAGAUUGCAGCGGGUCAGAACAACUAUGGAGGCGAAGUGGCCCUUUCGUGUGUUUACCAGCCCAUCACCAUGAACUCUGCUGACGGUCAGUGUCACCUCCCUUCCUUCUCGUUCCCAAUCGCACGCGCCUGA